AUGCAAAACCCCGGGGCACAUGAAAACACAGGCUUGCAGCCGUCUCCCGAGGAGCUGAAUUACGGAGCUACCGCAGCACAUGUGAGACAAGGUCCAUUGGUGUCUGUGCCAAGGAACGGUCUGGCAAAGAGAGAUUACCUGAUAGCUGCUGUGCUCUGCUACGCAAACUUAAUAAAUUUCAUGGAUUGGUUCAUUGUACCAGGGAUCCUCUUAGAUAUACAGAAAUACUUCGAGCUUAGCGAUGAGGAUACAGGUCUACUGCAAACAGUCUUCAUCUUGUGUUACAUGCUGGCUGCCCCCAUCUUUGGAUACCUCGGUGACCGGUACAAUAGGAAAAUCAUCCUUGGAGCUGGUAUUUUCUUCUGGUCUGGUGUAACCUUAGGCAGUUCAUUCAUCAGCAAAUUGUAUUACUGGAUAUUCUUUCUUUCACGAGGACUAGUUGGCAUUGGCACAGCCAGUUUUUCCACGAUAGCACCUACCAUCAUUGCAGACCUGUUUGAGGAAGGAAAAAGGACCACAAUGUUGUCUAUCUUCUAUAUCUUCAUUCCAGUGGGAAGUGGUCUUGGUUACGUCCUAGCAGCUGGCAUGGCAGAUGUCACAGGGGACUGGCACUGGGCAUUCAGGAUAACUCCUUGCAUGGGAGGUCUAGCACUGGUUCUUCUGGUUCUACUGGUCCCUCGCAGGACCCCGAGAAGGACAGCAGCCCACAGAGCACUGAGCAUCUCCGGCACAAUACGAGUAGCCGCUGAGAAACCAGGUGUGCAGAGAACUGCCAAGACUACUUGGUGUCAAGAUGUUGUAUCACUUGCCAAGAAUUGGAGUUUUGUCUGGUCCUCUCUGGGUCUGACUGCCAUGGCCUUUGUUACUGGAGCCCUGGGAACGUGGAUACCACUGUUUCUUUACCGGGCUCAGGUUAUCCAGGGCAUUGUAUCACCGUGCCUCCAAGAAACGUGCGAUUCGUCUAACAGCCUAAUAUUUGGAGGCAUCACCAUUGGGACAGGAAUCUUGGGUGUCAUUACUGGGGCAGAAGCUGCAAGAAGAUUAAGGAAGAUAAACAAUAAAGCUGAUCCUCUCAUCUGUGCCACAAGCAUGUUCAUUUCCGCUCUGUGCCUCUACAUAGCUCUGAUGGUGGCCCAGACAAACAUCCUUUCCACUUUU